AUGGGAAAGGGUCCCGAGCGUUUGACGCUGCAGCAGCUGCGGCAGCUGCAGCGGCGUGGUGCUGCUGCUGCUGCUGCUGGUGAUCAGCAGCAGCAGCAACAGCAGCAGCAGCAGCAGCAGCGGGAGGAGAAGACAUUGCAGCAGCAUAAAGGCUUUUUAAAUAAAGGAAUAGAAAAGAAAAAACAAAACAAAACAAAAACAAAAACAAAAACAAAAACAAAAAAACAAAACAACACAAAAGCACCAAAAGAAAUAAGCUGCCGCAGGAGGGCCCCCAUACACGGAGCCGUUCUGCUUCCUGAUGGGGAGACACCGGGGCCCCUGCUGCUGACAGCAGCAGCAGCAGCAGCAGCAGCAGCAGCAGCAGCAGGAGCAGCAGCAGCAGGAGCAGCAGCAGGAGCAGCAGGAGCAGCAGCAGCAGGAGGAGCAGCAGGAGGAGCAGCAAGCGUUUCUGCAGCAGCAGCAGCAGAUAGAUCAACAGCAGCAGCAGCAGCAGCAGCAGCAGCAGGAGCAGCAGCAGGAGGAGGAGGAGUUGCUGCUGAGGUGCAUGCAUAUCGUGCUGCAGUAGCAGCAACCCAAUUAAAAAGAAUAAGGGGGGGGAUAAGGGGCAGCAACAAAACAACAAAAAGCAGAGACCCUCGUUUCUCUUCUUUAUGUGGAGAGUUGAAUGCUGCUGCAUGCGCUCAGGCUUAUACAUUUAUAGAUGAGCUGCAGCAGCAGCAGCAGCAGCAGCUGCAGCAGGUAGUUAAAACAGGUCGAUUGCCUAUAGAAAACAGCAGCAACAGCAGCAGCAGCAGCAGCAGCAGCAGCAGUAGCAGCAGCAGGAGGAAGAAAGGGAUUAAGGUUACUGCAGCAGAAAGAGAAGCAGCAAGACAGCUGCUGCAGCGGAUGCUGUCGCAGCAGCAGCAGAGAGAAAGAAAAGCAGCAGCAGCAGCACUUCUGUCUUCUUUCUCAAAAAAAGAAAAAGAAAGAAUAGCAGCAACAGGAAAGAAACCCCAUUACCUAACAAAGAAAAAACUAAGACAAAUGCUGCAGCAGCAGCGCCAGCAGCAGCAGCAGCAGCAGCAAAAAAAGAAAAAGAAAGAAUAG